GACGCACCCAACAGCAGCAACAACGGCGGCGGCGGCUCGAGCGGCGGCGCGAGCCCGUCCGCGGCGGUGUUCCUGGGCGUGCUGACGGGGCGGCUGCCGGAGGGCGCGUUCUGGGAGCAGCAGCGGCUGCUGCGCGCGCUGCGGCGCGCCGCCGCCGCGCGGCGCGGCGCGGCGGCCGCCAGCGGGGUCAGCAAUGACGAAGGCGUGACGUCAUGGUCGGCCGACGAGCUGGCCGCGGCGCUGCGCUUCCUGCUGCCCUUCAAGCCGGCCGACCAGUCCGCCCGGCUGCAGGCGACGCUGGCGGCGGCAGGCGCACCGGGGGGCCGGUGGGAGCCCCGGGCCGUCGAGGCGGCGGCCGCGGCACGCUUGGUGUUAGACAACGCGCCGCCGAGCACGGCCGCCCCUUCGACCCAAACGGGCGGCGCCAGCGCGGCGGGGGACGAGGCUGCUGGGUCUGAAGGAGUUGCAGUGGGGGACAGCGGCGGGGCCGCCGACGGCGCCGCGGCGGCGAAGGCGGCGGAGUUGCUGGUGGACGGGCUGCUGAGUCAGCAUCUGGAGGAGGUGGAGCGCCACGCAGCGCGCGCGCUUGGGCGGCUGCGGGAGGUGCUAACGCGGCACGCGGGCGGGGCCGGAGGCGGCGGGGGUGGUGGCGCCGGCGGGGCAGCAACGGAUGGCAAAAUUGGUGAACACGAGGAGGACGAAGAACGGCUGUGGGCAGAGGUGCAGGCGGCGCUUCUGGACGGGCCCAGCCGUGGCAGCAGCGACGGCGGCGGCUCGACGGCGCAGGCGGGGGGCUCGUUGCUCGUGGCCGCGGCAGCCGCGCGCUCCCGCCAGGCCUGGGCGGCGGGCGCGAGCGGCGCCGCGGGCGAAGCGCUGCCGCCGUGGCUGCGUCCGGCGGUCUGCUCUUACGCGCGGCGCUGGGGCGCUCGGCAGGUGGCAGCGGCGGCCAAGGAGGGCAGGGAUGGGGGCGGAGGCGAGGGCUGCGCGGCAGCUGCGGCGGAGCUGUUGGUGUCAGCCGUCCGCGCCGGCGUGCUGCUGCUGCCGAGAAGCUGCGCGGUCGACGCGGCCGGCGCGCUGCAGUGGGCGGGGAUGGCGCCGGCGGCCGGACGGGGCCGGGGCGAUGGCUCGCCUGGCGCGGCCGCGGCCGGGCCUUCCAACGACUGA